AUGUGUCCAAAUGGCACUCCAUAGGCGUGAGUAGCAAUGCCUCCAUUUUGCCAUGACAACAGCCCACGCAGUUAAAAGUCCUCGUUUACUUGUUCACCCACGCGUAUUGGUGGCCCGCUCGCCCAUGUCUUCCUUUUUGUCACCCUACGGCAAAGGUCCAAGUUUGGGACGACUUCAAGCCGUUGGAGGAAGGUCGACGCGUUGACGUCAUCGGUCGGGGCUUUCCUCCAUGACGUCAGGCGAGCGAGAGAGAGAGAGAGAGAGAGAGAGAGAGAGAGAGAGCGGCGGCGGCGGCGAUCACGCGAAACGACACCGGAGCACCGCGCUCACUCAACGGGACGCACCGAUUUUUCAGGGCGCCGUCAGCUGCCGAGAGGCGGACUCGCGAAGCAGGAGGAGUCGGUGUCGGUCGCGAGCUGUUUGACGCGUAAACUUCAGUGUGCGCCCAAAACGAAAAACGGAUUGACGGCUCGCCACCGGAAAAGCACCGCGCGCGCGCGCGACCUGCAGCUAGCGGCCGGGAGGACGUAGCAUCUCCUCUGCGCUCGUUCGCGAAGAAAGACACACAAAACAUCAAGGCGGGAGAUGUAAGCCGUUCAAAGUCUCCAGUCGUCUUUUGCUUUCCUGCUGAACGCUGCCGAAAGGAGGUCUCUCGUGUACGCGUUUGGGAAGAACCCGACCCCCCGAAAGAGACCCAAAUGAUGGAGACUUGAGUUGUCUUUUGCGUUCUUGCUAAACGUUCCCAGAAGGCGGUCUUGUUUCUUCUUCACAUCCAAGUGUGAGCGUUUCGGACUACAAAUGGGCUCGGAGAAGGACUCGGAGUCGUCGCACUCCUCCCUGAGCGGCGUGCCCAACCCGAAGUGCCGGCCGGCCGGAAAGCGCCGACGCCGCAUCUCCUUCCAGAGCCUGUUCCACGGCAAGCGUGGCUCCCGGGCGGCCAAGGGCCCCAAGGGGGGGGCCGCCGCCCCGCCGUCCCACCUUCCCCGCACGCAGCAGCAGCUUCUACCGUCUACCGCCUUGAGCCCGGCCGCCCCGGCGGCGCCCGCGCCCGCCGCCGUCCCCGAGCACCCCGCCCCCGGCGCCCCCUCGGAGCGGCUCUCCUCCGGCCGGACCUCCCCGGGCGGCGAGGCUCCGCCGGGGGACCCCGAGCUCCUGGAGUGCCCCCUGUGCCUGGUGCGCCUGCCGGCCGAGCGGCUGCCCGAGCUGCUGGGCUGCGGCCACCGCUCCUGCCUGUGCUGCCUGCGCCAGUACCUGCGCAUCGAGAUCACCGAGAGCCGCGUGCAGCUCAGCUGCCCCGAGUGCGCCGAGCGCCUGGCGCCCCGGCAGGUGGCCGACAUCUUGGACGACGCGGCCCUGCUGGACAAGUACGAGGAGUUCCUGCUGCGCCGCUGCCUGGCCUCCGACCCCGACUGCAGGUGGUGCCCGGCGCCCGACUGCGGGUUCGCCGUCAUCGCCUCGGGCUGCGCCAGCUGCCCCCGGCUGGCGUGCCGGCGCGAGGGCUGCGGCGCCGAGUUCUGCUACCACUGCAAGCAGGCGUGGCACCCCAACCAGACGUGCGACUCGGCCCGCCAGCAGCGGGCGCAAUCGCUGCACGCGCACGCCACCCGCUCGCCAAGCUACGCGCAGGAGCAGGGACCCGCGGACGACAUCAAGCCGUGCCCGCGCUGCGGCGCCUACAUCAUCAAGAUGAACGACGGCAGCUGCAAUCACAUGACGUGCGCCGUGUGCGGCUGCGAGUUCUGCUGGCUGUGCAUGAAGGAGAUCUCGGACCUGCACUACCUCAGCCCGUCCGGCUGCACCUUCUGGGGCAAGAAGCCGUGGAGCAGGAAGAAGAAGAUUCUGUGGCAGCUGGGCACGCUCAUCGGCGCCCCCGUGGGCAUCACGCUCAUCGCCGGCAUCGCCGUGCCCGCCAUGCUCAUCGGCAUCCCCGUUUACGCCGGGCGCAAGAUCCACGCGCACUACGACCUGAAGAAGGCGUCUCGCCGGCGCAGGAACUUGGCCGUCGCGGGCGCCGUGGCCUUGUCCGUCCUGACCGCGCCCGUCAUCGCCGCCGUCAGCGUGGGCAUCGGCGUGCCCAUCAUGUUGGCGUACGUGUACGGCGUGGUGCCCGUCUCGCUGUGCCGAGGCGGCGGCUGCGGCGUCAGCCGAGGGAAAGGCCGCGGGGUGCGCAUCGACUUCGACGAGGACGACGGACCGAUCACGGUGGCGGACGCGUGGCGAGCACUCAAAUCGCCGAGCCUGGGCGAGAGCGGCCCGGACGGCGCGGUGAGCGGCCUGAGCGCCACCUCCCCCGGCGAGGGCCUCUCGUCGGCGCCGGGGACCGUCGAGGACGCGCCCCACUUCGACACCCUGGCCCGCGCGGGCAAAUACGGCAGGCCGGAGGUCCGGGCGGGGGAGCCGGCCGAGGAGUCGGCUCGGAAGGAGACGGGCGGCUCGGGGGCGGGCAGCGAUUGCGCCGGCGGGAAGGCGGGCUCCAUCAUCUCGUCCUACACGCCGCCUGACAGGGAGCGCACCAACCUGGAAGUCCAAGUGGACAUCGAGACCGAACCCAGCCAUCUCUGCCUGACCAGCGAGGAGGACCUGGCGCCGGCCGCCGGCCCGGGCGCGGAGGAGCCCCUGGACUGCGGCGCGCCGGGCCCGCCGCCGGGCGACGUCGCGCUGGCCCGGCCGGAGAGCAUCCGCAGCGACCCGGAGAGCGACGUCGGCGAGCUGACGUCCGACGACUGCGACUCUCCCCGGCCCGAGGGGCCGCCGCCCGCGCGGGCCGCCUCGUGCCGCGCCCCGAGCGCCCCCGCCGAAGGCCUCGGCGCCCGUGCCGACGUCGCCCGUGCCGAUGUCGCCCUGUACGUGUGAGACGCCGGCGCCCGUGGAAUGUCCUUUCAGCGUUUAGGCCACAUCCUUCCACAUACUAGUGUACUCUUUCUCCUCACUUGUGACACAACACGUAAUUGAUGCCAACCCAAAAGAUUUGUAAUUGCCUAUAGAUGCCACAAGAUGGCGGCAAAGUACUACUUGUGUCUCAAUGAUACUCCUCACCUCACUUCAGCAUAUUUCCACUUGCAAUACUGUUACUGCACAAAAACGGUGUGUUCUCCAGCGACUAACGGAAGUUCCAAAAUUCAGAAUAGGCACAUUUGCAAAUGCCAACGCGCAAAUACGCAGCGGUUCCCAAUACUGGAAAAAAAAAAAAACGCAACAACUUGAUUGGUAAGACGAGGUCAUUGUACAAGUGCAUUGAAUCGUCUGAUAAGCGAAGGCAGCGUGUUCUAGUAUGUGGACCACAUGAAGGACAGCAGAUAAAUGCUCCAACGGCUUCCGAGAGGCGGCGGCUCUCAGGAACGCGCGACACACAUUCGCGCUUCCCCUCACGCUUUUCUUUUUUUUUGCCUCCCUGGCAUCCGGCUGACAAUCGUCUCAUUGUCGGAGUUCUACCUCUUGAGAUUUCUACGAGCGUGUUUACUCCCGCGUGCCAAACGCCUUGGCCCCAAUGUAGAGAAGAGUUUUCCACGCGGCCCGGCGGGAGGCGGCAGUUCUCAGCCGGGCAACGCGUGCGCGAAACAACAAUUGUGGCUCUGGUGUCCUCCUCGCGCUGUAUUUCAUUUGAGAUUUUGUUGUUUGCUGAGGGCGCGAGCGCGCUGGGGAGCGUCUUCAGCAGACGGCUACCGCGCACUUUAGGGAGUGAAACAGUCCAAUACGGCAAAACAACACGGACGUUUGAAGGCACAAGCGGACGACGCAGUGGCGCCAUCAACAAGUAGACAAUAGACAAAGAGGGCAGCGACACGAACAGUCGCUUUCUCUAUUUGUCUUUUUUUCCGUUGACUUCAACGGGGAAGAGGAUUUGAGAUGUGACGGCUUUGCGCAGAAUGAAUUCGACUCGUAUCUCGAGGCGCCGCUGCGUUACUUUCGAUCGGCGGCAAGAAUGAAAAAUAAAUAUAUCGAUUUUGACGGACGUUUGCCCACGCGACAAGUUGUCGCCGUGCGUUUGUGUGCCUGCGGUUGGUCGGUCUCCUUGUUUGUUUUGAAUGCGCACUUGUGCACUUUAGCCAAACCUAGCUUUCAUCGUUUUGGGCGACUCGUCAUCAUCGCGAUCAUCGUCGUCAUCGUGUGUUUGCAAUUAAAGGAGACAUAUGACGCAUUUUCCCUCCCACACAAUUAAAAACGAUUCCCAUUUCUGUCAACAUGGCCCAAGGGAACAAAACAUCGAGCACAAUUCACACGCAUUUCUUGUCUUGCUGAAAUUAGCCCCGUGCCGUGCUGCUCGCCGUGCCCGAGAGACUCUCGUUACCAUGACAACCAGGGGGUGACGCGAGCCGAUUGAUCGGAAGCCGAGCCCAAAGUGUGGCGAACAAAAGACAGUCAAAGCAUUUUCACUCUUGGACGCAGCACUUCACUAUACUGUGUGUAUGUGGCGCAUGCGAACUCAGUGCAAAUGAUGUCAAUUAGCUGAAUUGUGUUGGCAUAAUUCGCUGAUACCGGCAGAUUUGACGUUUUUUUUGUUUUUUUUUUAAAUCCAAUUAAAGACACGGAAAAGGUCACUUUUCUGUAACAUGUCUCCUCGAAGUUGCCGACAACCAAACUCAACAAAUCUCACACCGGGAUGCCUUUCGUGUCGGAUCUGACUUCGGUGUUAACCUCCAAAACCUUUUUGUUUUGAAAUCCUUUGAAUUGUGAUGUUGGAGAGGCAAACACCGGCAGUCGUCUUAAUCGUUCUCACAGGCCUGAAUUGUUUCUCAGCUUUGUGCUCGCCUAUGACGAGAACAAACCAAAAGAAAAGGCUUCCUCGAGCGUUGGUGGAAUGUUCUCCGUGUCCGAGGAGCUCCUUUCGGCCUUCUGCUGCUUAUUUGAUUUGCUGCACCGUUCACUGCUUUUCUGCCUGCGUGUGUGUGACAAACCGCUCGAAUGUACCGCGGGCCCGAGCGUCGACUGGACCCAUUUGGGUGAAAAGAAUAUAGAUUUAGCAAUAUUUGAGUGUACCGAAAGUGCUCGUGUACUUCCUUGUCGCUCUCAAAGUCUCGCCCCGGCGUGAGGACGCACAUGCAGGACUGUGAAUGACUUUUUUUUUUUUUUUGUGGGGAAGAAAUAAACACAAUCUGAUGUUUACCAAA